AUGAACGCAGCACCUCAACACCUUAAGGUGUUGCUCACUGGCGGUGCACGAGGCAUAGGGCGCGGUCUGUUCCGCCAUCUCUUGACCGCCGGCCACGAAGUCAUCAUCCUCGACUCCAACAAAGAAGAACUAGACCACGUGAAAACACGAGCGCAAGAAUGGUCCAACGGGCAAAAAGAAACCUGGCACGCCCUUCACUGCGAUCUCAGUUCACGCACCCAACUCAAAGCCGCCGUGAACGAAGUGAACCAAAAAUUUAACGGCAAGCUCGACGUCCUCAUCAAUAACGCCUUCCCCACCGACCUCAGCAUCUCCUCCGACCGCACCAUGGAAGCCCAAGGCGAAGACAUAGAAAAAGAAUGGGACUUGAAACUCGCAAUCGGCCUCACAGCACCCUUCCUCCUCAGCCGCCUAUGCGUCCCCUUGCUCGCAAAAGGAAACUCAACCCCCAACUCCCCCGGCACAAUCAUCAACGUAUCCUCCACCCGCGCCUACCAAGCCGAGCCCGACCACGAGGCGUACUCCGCCGUAAAAGCCGGACUGCUCGGCUUAACACAGUCUAUGUGCGUGUCGCUGGGUCACCGGCAUAAAAUCAGGGUUAACGCGAUUAUCCCGGGGUGGAUCCACGUUGCCAACGAGAGUAAGGCUGCGGAUGAGAAAGGUGGCACGUGGGAGGAGGGAUUGACGGGGGAGGAUACGGCAUGGCAUCCUGCGGGGAGAGUGGGCAAAGUAGAGGAUAUUGCCAAGGCGGUUGAGUAUGUGGUUGGUAAUGAGUUUGUGACGGGGCAGGAGGUUGUGGUGGAUGGGGGUGUGGGGAGGAAGAUGGUGUAUCCGGAGUAG